AUGAAGAGGGAUAAAGUGGAGUUCGCUUCUCAGUAUUUGCAUUGUCAGCAGGUUAAGUAUGAGCAUCAAAGACUGGGUGGUAUGACUCAGAGGAUGCCCAUUCCCAAGUUAAAGUGGGAGAGGAUUGCUAUGGACAUCGUGGCAGGUCUACCGAAGACUUUGGGUAAGUUUGAUGCCAUUUGGGUUAUCGUGGAUAGAUUGACCAAGUUUCGUGCACUUCAUUUCAGUUCAGACUACCUACAAUUCGAAGAAAGGCCUUGGCGUAUUGAUUUGCGGAGAGAGUCUUUGGAUAAAGUGAAGUUGAUUCAAGAGAAGCUCCUUGCGGCUCAGAGUAGACAAAAGGAGUAUGCGGACCGGAAGUUUCGUGAUUUGGAGUUCAUGAUUGGUGAUCAUGUUCUAUUAAAAGUUUCGCCCAUGAAGAGUGUGAUGAGAUUUGGGAAGAAGGGCAAGCUAAGCUCGAGGUUCAUUGGCCCUUUUGAGAUUCUUCGGUGUAUUAGUGAGGUAGAUUUCGAGUUGGCAUUACCACCAGAAGAGACGGUAGCCAUCUUGGAUAGGCAAGUUAGAAAGUUGAGGUCCAAAGAGAUAGCUUUAGUAAAGGUGCAGUGGAAGCACCGUCCAGUUGAGGAGCCUACAUGGGAGACCGAAUCUGAUUGCGAAAUAGAUGUCCCCAACUCUUUACCGAUUCAGAGUUUGAGCCAAGGUCCAGUUCGCGACCUUGAGAGUGAUUUCGAGGCCUUCCUUCCGGAGAUCUUAAGACAGACUCUAUUUAUGCAUUUUAGACCUGUAUUCAGUAUUUCAAAUGUUUUAGUAGAAUUAGAAGCUCUUGUACGAGUUCGGACCAGUUAUUGA